CACUUAUUUACAUUUGCACAAUAGACGUGUUUUGCAAACAAAAGUCAGUUCGUCAAAAUUUUUUUAUUAGUUUAGUUAGUUGCUUCUUUUGGCAACUUAUAAACAAAACACACCGGAAAAACAUGAAGUAAGCCAUUUGUUUGUUGCAACGAGCGUAUGCAGACGUUGCGAACGAGAGAGUAGUGCCAACACUUUAGUACCCAGCAGAUCAGCCGUCCGUCGAACCGACAACCUGACCAGCAACAGCAACAGAAAUCUCGAUUGCCACUGCUGGAGUUUCGUGCAUUGUAAUCAAAACAAAAACAAGCAGUUAACAGCGUAUGGAGCUCAUUCUCGAUUUGACCAAGCAACAGUGGUAAUCGACAAAACAGCGCGCAACAUCACGAAUCGAAUGAACCGCACCAAUAACGUUACGUUACAUAGUAGUCGCGCUUUCCGUGGUCAUUAAUAAUACGUACAUACAUUUAGUAACAACAACCACAAUAUUAGCAUAUUCAUUAGUGGCGUUAGCGAGAAUAGAAAAUCUUGAAUAAAGAUGGGAUUGAGAUUCCAACAAUUGAAGAAGUUAUGGCUGCUCUACCUGUUUCUGUUGUUCUUCGCAUUCUUCAUGUUUGCACUAAGUAUCAAUCUAUAUGUGUCCAGUAUUCAAGGAUUUGAUCAGGACAGGGUCCAUCCAAAGCCGCAACCGCACCGCCGCUCACUCUGGCAUGCGAAAAACAUAGUGGCACACUAUAUUGGCAAAGGCGAUAUUUUCGGCAACAUGACCGCAGAUGACUACAACGUCAAUCUUUUCAAUCCCAUCGAUGGCGAAGGUGCUGAGGGGCGACCAGUUGUGGUGCCUGCGCGCGAAAGCUUCCGCAUGCAACGAUUUUUCAGGCUAAAUAGCUUUAAUAUACUGGCUAGUGACCGCAUACCCUUGAAUCGUACGUUGAAAGAUUACAGAAUAAAGGAGUGUCGCGACAAAAAAUAUGACAACAAUGAACUACCUACAACAUCGGUGAUUAUCGUUUUUCAUAAUGAGGCUUGGUCGGUGCUAUUGCGCACAAUAACCAGCGUUAUCAACCGGUCACCGCGCAAACUACUUAAAGAAAUCAUAUUAGUCGAUGAUGCGAGCGAUCGUUCUUACUUGAAGAAGCAACUGGAAGCCUACAUAAAAGUGCUCACUGUGCCAACGCGCUUGUUGCGCAUGCAGGAACGCGGCGGAUUAGUGCCGGCUCGCUUGCUGGGCGCCGAUCAUGCUAAGGGUGAUGUGUUGACCUUUUUGGAUGCACAUUGCGAGUGUUCGCGCGGAUGGCUGGAGCCAUUACUGCGGCGUGUGCAGGAGUCACGCAGUACUGUUGUCGCACCAGUUAUUGAUAUCAUUUCUGAUGAUAAUUUUAGUUAUACGAAAACAUAUGAAAAUCAUUGGGGUGCAUUUAAUUGGCAACUGAGUUUUCGUUGGUACAGCAACAAGCGUAGCAUAGCGCCACGGAAUGGUGAUCCCACACAACCGAUUGCCUCACCGGUAAUGGCUGGGGGACUGUUUGCCAUAGACAGACGAUAUUUCUUCGAAAUUGGCACAUACGAUAAGGAAAUGAAAAUUUGGGGCGCUGAAAACAUUGAGAUGUCCUUCCGGGUGUGGCAGUGCGGCGGUCGUGUUGAAAUCUUGCCCUGCUCACAUGUAGGUCACGUUUUCCGCAGCACCACCCCAUACACUUUCCCGGGGGGGAUGAGUGAAGUGCUGGGCAACAAUUUAGCGCGCGCUGCCAUGACUUGGAUGGACGAUUGGCAAUAUUUCGUACUACUCUAUACAUCCGACCUUUCGUUGGAGACGCGUGAACACAUCGAUGUUAGCGAUCGGCUGUCACUGCGCGAGAAACUGAAAUGUAAAUCGUUUUCCUGGUAUUUAGAGCACAUCUGGCCGGAACAUUUCCUCCCUGCACCCGAUCGCUUCUUCGGCAAAAUCAUAUGGUUAGAUGGUGAGACGGAGUGCGCCCAGGCAUACACGAAUCACAUGAAAAAUAUACCGGGAAAUCGAUUGUCACGCGAAUGGCCACGCAUUUUCAGUGAGAUUGACAGUAAUAGUAAACAAUUUAGUUCGCUAAUAGAUUUGGAUCGCGACAAGUGCUUACGACCGCUGGAAAAGGAUGUGCCACGUACGUCAAUGCAAUCGGUCACCGUUGGCGAUUGUAAUGCGCAUGCCAAGUCAAUGGACAUGUUUGUUAUUACACCAAAGGGGCAGAUUAUGACCAAUGACAACGAGUGCCUGACAUACAGUGAGCCGAAAUUAGGUGUCAUACAGCAGUUAAAAAGUCGAAAUUUAACAACAAAUGUGCAGCUGACACAAUGUCUAGACAGACCACAGCAGUAUUGGAAUUACGACAUGGAUACUCAGCAUAUAUCGCAUCGACAAUCAAAACUUUGCCUCACACUGAAGGCAGCCAAAAUGCCACGUACCCAAAAAAUGGAGAAAAUCGUUGUUGCCAUUAAUUGUGAUUACAAAGACAUCACGCAGAAGUGGGGUCUUAUACCACUGCCAUGGAGAAUUUAAAAAACGCACAAAAACACAGACACACACAAACACACUCGGUCGCAAAAGAGAAAGGAAUCGCACAGAUUUAGCACAAGCAAUUAAAAAUGCCAAUUAAAUUAAACAUUUUUACGACAAAAUUAAGAAUUAAGCCACUUUUUUGUUUUUUUUUUCUUUUCGAGGGAAAAAAAUCGCAUUAACGCGAUGAAACACGAAGUGAAUCACACUUGCGAAGUGUACUUGUGAUAUUUUUUUAUUUGAAAAUUUGGACAAGAAACAAGUUUUAUGUUCGUUCGUCCAACAAACUCUGAGACCACAACGUAAGCCACCAGGAACCGACAUUUAAACUAAGAACAGCAUCAUCAACUAGAACAAUAACCACCAAGGAACAUCAUCAAUACUUCUACCCACUUUAAACAUAUAUUUACCUACCGGUUUGACUAAAGUAAUUAUUUACUAAAUUAAACUAUUUAUUUUAACACUAUUUUAAUGGAAUUUUGUAAACUACAAAAAACAAAAACAUUUACAUACAUACAUAUUACGCAUACACAUUUGUAUACAAAAAUUACUAAGAUAUAGUGUAGUUUGUAAGUUUUAAUAAAAAUAUAGUAAACAAUUAAAUAAUCUUGCUUAACUUGUUAGUUAAAUGAAUGCUACUAAAACAAAGCUUUGAAUAAAACAAGCUUUGAUCUGCUAUCGCUGCUAUUUACGAACUGCUACUGCUACUAGUAAAAUUUAAUAAAAUUUGUUUUUUUGCCAGAAAACUUGAAAACCACAAA